AUGGGGACAAAAAAUGUGCAAACUGUGGACUCCGAGUACUUGGGAAUCCCCAAUGACUUGUAUCCUGCAUAUCGAAAGGAAACUACAUCCUACAUACCAACACAGAACCAAAGUGCACCUCUCUCGAUUGAUGUCAAACCUACAAUUGUGCCAUUGCCAAGCGGACCCAUUCCAAAUGAUACGAUUACUGACAGUGACAGAUGUGAUACCGCUCAAGAGAAUCCAACAUUCCGUUCUCGUUUUCGUACCCAGGUGCAACAAAGUUAUACGCCAGCACCUGUUCGUCUACCCGAAGUCCCUCGCUAUACGACACAGUUCUCCACAAUUGGCAACGCAUUUGUCCCUGUCGGACAGCCGCAGAUCUCAGAGUAUCAGUAUGAAGAUCUGAAUGAUCUUACAUCUUGCAUUGAUGCGAUUUGA